CAGAAAAGGUGGUUGAUGCUCAGGCAGGCCCUGGGAAGGUGACCUUGUUUCGUCAAGAAGCACCCAAGGGCGUCACCUACCGAAUCCCAGCUUUGCUGUUCCUUCCUGACGAAUCCAUUUUCUUGGCCUUUGCGGAAAAGCGCUCCUCGCCCAAAGACGAACAUGCCAAGUACCUGGUGGUGAGACGAGGGCAGAAAGCAGGGACCUCUGUCCAGUGGGGCCCUCAGGAGGACUUGAUGUCUGCCGUGCUGCCCGGCCAUCGCACUAUGAACCCUUGCCCGGUGUACGAGAAGGAGAGUCGCAGAGUCUUCCUCUUCUUUAUCUGCAUCCGGUCCGAGACGACAGGAUGGCUUCAAAUCCGAACCGGGAGGAACGCCGUCCGGCUGUGCUAUGUGGUGAGCCAAGAUGGCGGCCGCACCUGGAGCCAGUUGACCGAUUUGACUGACUGGGUGAUCGGAGAGGACUUGAAAAAUUGGACCAACUUUGCCAUCGGGCCUGGCCACGGGGUACAGUUGCGCUCGGGGCGUCUGGUCAUUCCCGCGUACGCUUAUUACAUCCAUCAGCAUUUCUUCGGCAAGCCAGUCUCGUACCAGACCAAGCCACAUUGCUUUACUUUCUACAGCGAUGACAGAGGCGAGAACUGGGAGCGGGGACAGCUUGACAUGAGCUUCCAGAUGGAAGAGUGCCAGGUCGCUGAGGUAACCCGGCAGGACAACAGCUCGGUGUUAUACUGCAACGCCCGCAGUCCUGAAAAAUACAGGGUGGAGGCCUUCAGCAAAAAUGGCGGGAAACAAUUUGAGGAGUCCUUCCUCUGCAAGGAGUUGCCGGAGACGGGCAGCGGUUGCCAAGGCAGUGUGGUGAGCUUCGCAGCGCUGCCGAAGCCCUCAGAGGCGAGUCGAAGAGCAACCACAACCAAUCCAACUCGUCUGCUGGGCGUUCGUCCCUCAACCGCCCCCUCAACUUUGGGUGUUCAUCCCUCAACAGCUGCCAGGCAAUGGCUGCUUUUCUCUCACCCCACUGGCAGACGCAAGCGGGUCAACCUGGGCAUCUUCCUCAACAUGUCCCCGCUGGUGAAGGGGGGAUGGAAGGACCCCUGGGUGCUGUACGAAGGGCCCAGUGGCUACUCAGACCUGGCUGUGUGUGAGGAGGGCCCUUUGCCUCUCUUUGGCUGCUUGUUUGAGAGCGGUGUGACCACCGAAUACGAGGAGGUCGCCUUCCAGUUCUUCACCAUUGUCGAGUUUUUUAAUAGCACAAGAGAAGCCCGGCCUAAUAUCAUUCUCCUUCGAUAA